AUGCUGACAGUGUACCCCCAGACCAAGACUUACUUCUCCCACUGGAAGGACCUGAGUCCCGGUUCUGACCCGGUGAGGAAGCACGGAGCAACCGUGAUGGCUGCAGUUACUGAUGCUGUCAGCAAAAUUGAUGAUCUGAUCGGAGCUCUUCUGAGCCUCAGUGAGCUGCACGCCUUCACUCUGAGAGUGGACCCUGCAAACUUCAAGGUUCUCUCUCACAACCUCCUUGUGGUCCUGUCCACCACAUUCCCCAACGACUUCACCCCCGAGGUCCACGUGGCUAUUGACAAGUUCCUGACUGCGGUGGCGCUUGCCCUGUCUGAAAAGUACCGAUAAAUUGCACUCUGACGGUCAACAACAUGGGCUUGGAUACUCCCAAACUGAUUUUUAAUGUAAACACAAAUAA